AGUUAUCGCGAUAACUACUCGUGAAAUAAACAAGUUAAUGUUAAUAUUGUACGAAAAGGGAGAGAGUGAGAAACAAAAAUGAUCAUCUCCAAAAUCGAAAGCAUCUGUGAAUGGAAAUUGAUUGCAGGAUUUCUAAUACUUGUUUCGUUCCUGUAUCUAUGGAAAGAAAGGAACAGAAAUAAAUCGAGAAACGAAUUACCAACAUCUUCUAGUUUCUGUGCUCUUUGGAAUCUGAUUUUCUGUCCAGUAAAAGUGCAAGAUUAUCGAAAACUUUGUGGAUGUUUUAUUAUUCAAGUUCUGAAUUCUGCGUGUAUUGUAUAUCUAAAAGAAAGAUUAAUUAAAGUUUCGUGGGGUGGUUAUCAUUAUAUUGUAUUAUCUCAUCCGGAAGUGGUUCAGGAAGUACUGAAGAGUUACACCGUAAUUAACAAAGAUUGGCUCUAUAAUAUUCUUCAUUCUUGGCUAGGAACGGGUCUUCUAACGAGUUCGAAUGAUAAGUGGAGGCAUCGUAGGAAAUUAUUAACUCCCGCAUUUCAUUUUCGAAUUCUCGAAGAUUUUCAAGGAAUUUUCAAUGAUCAAUCAAACAUCUUAAUUGAAAAAUUGAAGAAGAAAGAGGAAAAUGAAGAAUUUCUUAUGGACGAGUUGAUUACGCUGUGCACUUUGGAUGUUAUUGGAGAUUCGGCAAUGGGAGUUCAUAUUAAAGCUCAAAACCGAUCUGACACUGAUUACGUCAUUGCCAUUAAUGAUAUAACAUCCGCAUUUGUUCAGUGGUUCACAAAACCUUGGUAUUGGUUUCGUCCCCUUUUCAAGUUGAGUUCCUUAGGAAAAAAAUUGAAAAAAGAUACAGAAACCGUUCACGAAUUUGACAGAAAGGUAAUUAGAGAAAAGAAACAGCAACUGAUCGAAGAACUGGAAGACAAUCAAACAAUCGAUAACUUUCAAGAGGAGAAAGAAGUCGUAGGGAUAAAGAAGAGGCGAGCAUUUCUAGAUUUACUACUUUAUCAUCAUUUAACUGAUGGAAGUCUAAAUGAAGAAGAUAUCAGAGAAGAAGUUGACACCUUCAUGUUCGAAGGGCACGACACAACUGCAAUGGGUAUUAGUUGGACCCUUUAUUUGCUCGGAUUGCAUCCCGAUAUACAAGAAAAAGUGUACCAGGAGCUGGAGGAAAUUUAUGGUGAUGACAUCGAUAAAUCCAUUACCUGUGAAGAGCUUAGAAAAAUGAAAUAUUUAGAAUGUGUUGUUAAGGAAUCAAUUAGGAUCUAUCCUCCAGUUCCAUUCAUAUUGAGAAAAAAUCCUUCCGAUUUGAAAGUGGGUGAUUAUAUCUUGCCAGCAAAUUCGUCUCUUGUAAUAAACAUUUAUGGGAUUCAUCAUAAUCCAACGGUUUUCGUGAAUCCCGAAGUGUUCGAUCCGGAUCGAUUUCUACCAGAAAACUGCGAAAAACGUCAUCCCUUUGCGUUUGUGCCGUUUUCUGCAGGUCCACGCAAUUGUAUAGGUCAAAGAUUCGCCAUGAUGGAGAUGAAGACAGUUUUAUCCAAUGUUCUUCGACAUUUUCGAGUGAAGUCUUUGGAUCACAGAGAUAAGAUUUUCGAAUCAGGUGACGUUAUUCUUCGCCCUAAAUUCGGUAUAAGAAUGACCAUUAAAAAACGAUGAAAGUACAAAUAUUUUUUUUUGUAAAUAUAAAACUUAUGUUAUAAAAUACUGUACAGGCAUA